GGGAUUUAAUUUACUGUCAUUUACAUAGGUUAUCUCUCAAGUUACAGAUUAUAUAACAAAAUGAUAAGCAGAGAUGCCUCCGUGACAAUGUUAAACACAGUAAAAGCUCUAUUCCCUUGUGUGGGUCUUCUUCACUAGCUCCACCCCCCUCCUCUUCCCUCACUUGCUCCUCUGCUCCUCCUCUUCUCUCGUUUCUGAGAGGCGUGAGAUUCUGUCAGAGCCUAAGAGCGCGAGUCAGACCAGACACUCUCUCUGCAGAGAUUCAGCGGGACACAGCAGCCGCAGGAGCCUUCAGUAACCCAAACUCUCUCUCAACUCUACCAGUUUCAGGCUAGCAGCAGCAGUUCCAGUCAGUUAUGGAGACUCCAGGUCAGAAACGAAACACCCGCGGAGGGACAACCACCGUUCUGUCUCCCAACCGUAUCACUCGGCUGCAGGAGAAAGAAGAUCUAAGCAACCUGAACGACCGACUGGCGGUCUACAUCGAUAAGGUGCGCUCUCUAGAGGUGGAGAACGCAGGUCUGCGUAUGCGCAUCACAGAGUCGGAGACGGAGAUCAGCCGCGAGCUGAGCGGCAUGAAAGCGGCGUAUGAGACUGAGCUGGCAGACGCUAGGAAGACUCUGGACUCGGUGGCCAAAGAACGAGCCCGACUGCAGCUGGAACUCAGCAAGGUGCGAGAGGACUACAAGGAGCUGAAGGCCAGGUAUGUGUGCAGAUCAUGGUUUACACGUCAUGCAGGUCAUUCUAAACCCAUAUGACUUCAUCUGCACCUU